GACUGCGCCCCCGGCCUGCCCCCCGCCCCCACUGGCCGCUCGGCCGCGCGCGGGUCGGUCGGCUCUAUGGGGAAAGCGGCCGCUCCGAGCCGAGGCGGCGGCUGUGGCGGCCGCUCCCGCGGGCUCUCGUCGCUGUUCACGGUUGUCCCCUGCCUGUCGUGCCACACGGCGGCGCCGGGCAUGAGCGCUUCCACGUCCGGCUCCGGGCCGGAGCCCAAGCCCCAGCCCCAGCCUGUGCCCGAACCGGAGCGGGGACCGCUGUCAGAACAGGUGUCAGAGGCAGUUUCGGAGGCAGUGCCAAGAUCGGAGCCUGUGUCCGAGACGACGUCUGAGCCGGAACCAGGGGCUGGGCAGGCAUCGGAACUGCUGCAGGGGUCGCGGCCAGGGUCAGAGUCAAGUUCAGGUGUAGGGGCUGGGCCCUUCACUAAGGCCGCAUCAGAGCCGCUCUCCCGAUCGGUGGGGAGCGCGCCCUUUCUCAGACCCGAGUCGGGAUCGCUGCCAGCGUUAAAGCCCCUGCCUCUUCUGCGAUCAGGACAGGCGAAGACUCCUCUUGGGGUUCCAAUGUCGGGGACUGGCACGACCUCCAGUGCCCCACUGGCCUUACUGCCUCUGGACAGCUUCGAGGGCUGGCUCCUCAAGUGGACCAACUAUCUGAAGGGCUACCAGCGCCGCUGGUUCGUGCUGGGCAAUGGUUUGCUCUCUUACUACAGAAAUCAGGGUGAAAUGGCCCACACGUGCCGUGGAACCAUCAACCUGUCCACCGCGCACAUUGACACAGAGGACUCUUGUGGUAUCUUGCUGACCAGUGGGGCCAGGAGCUACCACCUCAAGGCCGGCUCAGAGGUGGACCGGCAGCAGUGGAUCACCGCCCUGGAGCUGGCCAAGGCCAAGGCUGUCCGCGUGAUGAACACUCAUUCAGAUGACUCUGGGGAUGACGACGAGGCUACCACCCCAGCCGACAAGAACGAGCUGCACCACACCCUGAAGAAUCUUUCCCUGAAGUUAGAUGACCUCAGCACAUGCAAUGACCUCAUCGCCAAGCACGGCGCCGCGCUCCAGCGCUCCCUGACGGAGCUGGACGGCCUCAAGAUCCCAUCCGAGAGUGGGGAGAAGCUGAAGGUGGUGAACGAGCGGGCCACCCUCUUCCGCAUCACAUCCAAUGCUAUGAUCAACGCCUGCAGGGACUUCCUGGAACUAGCAGAGAUACACAGCCGGAAAUGGCAGCGGGCACUGCAGUAUGAGCAGGAGCAGCGCGUGCACUUGGAGGAAACCAUUGAGCAGCUGGCCAAGCAGCACAACAGCCUCGAGCGGGCCUUCCGCAGCGCCCCCGGCCGGCCGGCCAACCCCUCUAAGAGCUUCAUUGAGGGAAGCCUCUUGACUCCCAAAGGAGAGGACAGUGAGGAAGAUGAAGAUACCGAGUACUUUGAUGCCAUGGAAGACUCCACAUCCUUCAUCACCGUGAUCACUGAGGCCAAGGAAGACAGAAAAACUGAAGGUAGUACGGGGACAAGUUCUGUGGACUGGAGCUCAGCAGACAAUGUACUAGAUGGUGCCUCGCUCGUGCCCAAGGGUUCAUCCAAAGUCAAGAGGCGAGUCCGCAUCCCCAACAAGCCCAACUACAGCCUUAACCUCUGGAGCAUCAUGAAGAACUGCAUCGGUCGGGAGCUCUCCAGGAUCCCCAUGCCGGUGAACUUCAACGAGCCCCUGUCCAUGCUCCAGCGGCUGACAGAGGACCUGGAGUACCACCACCUGCUGGACAAGGCGGUGCACUGCACCAGCUCAGUGGAGCAGAUGUGCCUGGUGGCUGCCUUCUCUGUGUCCUCCUACUCCACCACGGUGCACCGCAUCGCCAAGCCCUUCAACCCCAUGCUGGGGGAGACCUUUGAGCUGGACCGCCUCGAUGACAUGGGCCUGCGCUCCCUCUGUGAGCAGGUGAGCCACCACCCCCCCUCAGCUGCGCACUACGUGUUCUCCAAGCAUGGCUGGAGCCUCUGGCAGGAGAUCACCAUCUCCAGCAAGUUCCGGGGAAAAUACAUCUCCAUCAUGCCGCUAGGUGCCAUCCACUUAGAAUUCCAGGCCAGUGGGAACCACUAUGUGUGGAGGAAGAGCACCUCAACUGUGCACAACAUCAUCGUGGGCAAGCUCUGGAUCGACCAGUCAGGGGACAUCGAGAUUGUGAACCAUAAGACCAAUGACCGGUGCCAGCUGAAGUUCCUGCCCUACAGCUACUUCUCCAAAGAGGCAGCCCGGAAGGUGACAGGAGUGGUGAGUGACAGCCAGGGCAAGGCCCACUAUGUGCUGUCCGGCUCGUGGGAUGAACAAAUGGAGUGCUCCAAGGUUGUGCAUAGCAGUCCCAGCAGCCCCAGCUCCGACGGGAAGCAGAAGACAGUGUACCAGACCCUAUCAGCCAAGCUGCUGUGGAAGAAGUACCCGCUGCCGGAGAACGCGGAGAACAUGUACUACUUCUCAGAGCUGGCCCUGACCCUCAACGAGCACGAGGAGGGCGUAGCGCCCACCGACAGCCGCCUGCGGCCCGACCAGCGGCUGAUGGAGAAGGGCUGCUGGGACGAGGCCAAUACCGAGAAGCAGCGGCUGGAAGAGAAGCAGCGCCUGUCGCGGCGCCGGCGGCUGGAGGCCUGCGGGCCCGGCAGCAGCUGCAGCUCGGAGGAAGCCCACUGUGCCUGCCCAGCAGAGAAGGAGGCGGAUGCCUACACGCCACUGUGGUUUGAGAAGAGGCUGGACCCGCUGACCGGGGAGAUGGCCUGUGUGUACAAGGGCGGCUACUGGGAGGCCAAGGAGAAGCAAGACUGGCACAUGUGCCCCAACAUCUUCUGAGCGCCACCCCUGCAGCAAAUACAGGCGCCUGCACAGCCCGGCCCACCUGUUUAUUAAUGCACUCAAUUUAGUACUGAAUGGUCUUUCUCCCAGCCCAUUCCCAGCCCUUCCUGUUUCCUUUCCUAUUUUUUUCCCCCCACACUUUCUUGGGACUCCCACCUUGGAAGGAGGAAGGGCUGACCUGGGUUCUCUUCAGCCCCCAGGUGCGCCGGGUCACCCGUGCCCCUUCAUUAUGGACCUGGGCCCUACUGGAACCCCUGCCCCAGUUACCACAACUCAGGCCGGCUGGCCCGGGCCACGGGCUGCGCAAAUCACCAGCCCCCAACCCAGGGAGGAACUGGCCCCUCCUAGGGAGCCUCUUCGACUUUUUUAGAAAAAUGAUCUCCAUUUCUUUCCAGCCAUGAUGUUUAGUAAAUAUUUUUAGUACCGCAGUUAGCAGACAGCUUUCCAAGUGUGCUUUCUUGCCACAAAAGUGUCCUGGCAAGAGCCCCUUAUUUUUAAGACAUCAGGAAGCCAGACCCCUUUGAGUUGGGAUAAUUUUGUAGCUCAACAUAUCAAGUCCUCGAUGGUAUCUGAGCUGCCCACACCCCCACCUGCCAGGGCCCCACAGAGCCCAAAACAGAAGGGGGCUGCCCCAGCCCAGCAGAGCACAGAGAGUUUCUCGAGCUCCCACCCACAGAUGCGCGAGAGGGUACUGAUGGCAUCCCCCAUGUGGAUUUGAGGGCAGCAGUCCCUGGCCUCGCCCUAGCCAGCCCAGGUGGAUCCCUAGCCCCAAGAGGCCAGGAAGGGCUGGAAGGCAGGGCCUGCAGGUGCUCCCCGCCCUGAGACCCAGGCCCCAAAUCAGCAAUAAUGAACAAACCCUUGGCCCAGCCUGGGCUGGUGACCCAGGCACCAGAGACCUUGCAUCCCUCCUCAUCCUAGGAGGCCCCUAGGGGUGCCCCAUCUCAGUGCCCCCUGAACUCUUUAUUUGCCUAAUUUAUAUAUAGAGAGAUAUAUAAAUAUAUAUAAAAUAGCUAUUUUGCUUAAAUUUCUACAGUAUGUAAAAGUGAAAAAAUGAUGAAGACGGGCACACCUGUCUGAGUUUGGCCCUCAUGUCAGCUGUGCCCUUCCCUCUCCUCAUGCCCCCUUCCAGCGGCUUCUGCCAACCAUGGGGGGCUGGACUACCAUGGUCACUGACCCAGCCCCUCAGAAUCUCACACUCCAAUCCUUUCCAUUUCAGUUUAGUCCUAAAAGUUCAUCACAGGGUUUUUCUUUCUACUCCAGGACUGGUUUUGUUUUUAUAUAUACAUAAAAAAAAAAAGUGAAAACACCAAUGUGUGAAAUGCCUUACGAUGCCCACUGGAGAGGCGGGGUGGGGUAGGGCAGGACGGCCCCACUGGGGCUCCCACAGAGCUGUGGAAUGUACCUCUCCCCAACACUGUUUUGUUAGCAAGCACCUUUUGACCAGUAAUAAAAAACCUUGGCUUUGGAGUUUUCCACUG